AUGAAUGGAAACAUCAUGAAUGAUAAUGAAGAACAUAUAGAUGAUAAUAUAGGGGAAGACAUCUUGAGAGGAGAAUUUGAUAAAGCAAUGGAAGAAUUAAAAAACAAUAAAGCUCCAGGGAUAGAUGAAAUACCGGCAGAACUAUUGAAAAACUUUGGUGAGAAAGCAAAAGACGUACUCUUCAAAAUCAUAUCGAGCAUGUAUAAAACUGGCCAAAUACCAAGUGACNAUCGAAGGAAGUUUAACAGACGACCAAUUUGGUUUUAGAAGAGGUAUGGGAACUCGAGAAGCCAUCUUAACAUUAAGGCAAGUAUUUGACAAAAUGAACAGGAAAGGAAAAACUACUUUUAUAUCAUUUGUAGACCUUGAGAAGGCCUUUAAUAACGUGAAUUGUGACAUAAUGUUUGACACCUUAAAGAAAACUGGAGCAAGUUAUAGAGACAGAAGGAUAAUUCAUAGUUUGUAUAAAAACGAGAUAGGAGUAAUCAAAAGUGGAGCAAGUGAAGAAGAAGCCAAAAUUAUGAAAGGUGUCCGUCAGGGAUGCUCACUGUCACCAUACCUCUUUAAUUUGUAUGUACAAGAGGCCAUUAACAAGAUUAGAGAGAAGGGUGGAGUCGGAAUAAACAUACACGAAGAGAAAAUAGACAUGCUUAGAUUCGCAGACGAUAUAGCUGUACUAGAAGAAAACUAAGAUCAACUAACAUCGCAAUUGAUAACGAAUCAUUGCAACAAGUACAAGAAUAUAAAUACCUAGGAAGUUUAAUAACGGCAGAAGGUACUAGUAAAAAAGUAAUAGUAAGUAGAAUAAAUCAGGCAAAAUGUGCAUUCAAUAAGAAAAAGAACCUACUCACCUCCAGAAGCAUAGAUAUUAACAUCCGAAAGAAUUUGAUUAAAACAUACGUGUGGAGUGUGGUGUUAUAUGGUAGUGAAACUUGGACGAUCGCUAAAGCAGAAGAAAAUAAAUUAUUGGCUUUUGAAGCAUGGUAUUGGAGAAGGAUGCAAGGAAUAAGCUGGAGAGAACAUAUGACAAACGAUGAGGUAUUCGCAAAAGCUAAAGAACGAAGAUGUUUCAUGAAAAGUUUGAAGAAAAGAAGAACCAAACUAAUAGGACAUAUACUAAGACAUAACAGCCUAUUGAAAAGAAUUAUGGAAGGAAUGAUAGUAGGAAAGAAUGUAGUUGGUAGACCCCCUCUGGACUACUUACAACAAAUAAUGAGUGAUGUGGACGUCCCAGGCUACAGACACAUGAAGAGGAAAGCGGAAAAUCGGGAAGAAUGGAGAGUUGCAACAAACAAGCCCCACGGUUGCUAA